AUGGCUCGAAAGAAGAAAUCUUCAACUCCACUCCCGCAAAACACUAAUCAUGCUCAUCUUGAUAGGACUCUGGAUAUGAGAAAAUCUAGAAUCUCUUCAACUGAACCGAUUGCUGAAGAAGGUGAACUGGUCACUCCUCCUCCACAUCUGGUACAUCCAUCUGGUGGAAUGAUAUCCAGAGGUGAGGUAAGAAUGCUUGAAAUGUCUUAUAGAAGUCCGAUUGCUCAAUCUCAAGCUAGAACCAAUGGAACAAUAACUAGGGUUUCUGCGGUUACUGUUCCAUUGAUUUCUACGCAAAAUCAGACCCCGAUAGUUCCCUCUACUGCUAUUCUUGAAGCUUCUGGGGUUCCUGGUGGCUCGAAUCAAGUUCCUGAAGCUCCUGCUGAAGAAUGGAAGGAUCUAUUCAAAGGGAAGCUUAAUGCAAAAGGGACCUCUCUGUCUUUCAUUGCCCCUGAGAUCAGAGAUGGAAAAUCGAUUGCUAAGCUUAGCUCUGCUGAUAUUUGUGAGGGCAACAAAAAAUGGGGUAAUGCUCUUAUCUUUUAUGUUGUUGGUUACUCUCCCACUAUUUCUGCAGUUCAUAAGUUAAUUGCUGAUAAUUGGAGUAACAUUGCUAAACUAGACAUAUUUUGGCAUGAUGAGGGUUAUUUUAUAAUCAAUCUGAAAUCUAAUGAUGAUAAGAAUGCUAUUCUAUGUUCUGGUCCUCACAUGUUCUUUGGUAAGCCAGCCAUUGUUAAUGCAUGGUCUGACAAAUUUGAUUUCCAUGCUGAAAUAUUGAGAACUGUCCCUCUAUGGAUUAAGCUUCCUAAUUUGCCACUGAACUGCUGGGGAGCUGAAACCCUAAGCAGAAUUGGUAGCCUACUUGGUGUUCCAGUCUGUGCUGAUGAGUGUACCUCUAGGCAGCUAAGGGUUUCUUUUGCUAGGCUUCUUGUUGAAAUUGAUGUUACUAAGGCUCUACCUAGCUCUUUGUGGGUUGAGAGUCCUGCUGGGGAAUUGAUUGAGAUCACAGUGCAUUAUGAGUGGACCCCUCCUUUUUGUAAGAAAUGUGAUAAGGUUGGGAAUGACUGUUCCAAGUCUCAACCUAUUAAAAAGAAGAAAACAGGUGAUCCAAAGACCACUCAAACUCAGGCUAAGAAAGUCUAG